GGCGUGGGUGGUGUCACGGACGUAGGUAGGGAGUUCCUGGACCAAAGGGGAGAAAAUGGAGUCCAGAUAGGUGGAGAUGAGUUCGGUGGGGCAGGAGCAGGCUGAGAUGAUGGGUCGACCAGGACAGGCAGGAAAGUACAGGUAUUGCUCAUAGACAUAAACACUUACCAACAGGUGGUGAUGAACCCAACACAGCAACUAGGUAAUAGGAAUACCCAGACAUUGAAGAGACCAAAGGAUGCAGGACAUAUAACCAAGAAUACAUGAGAAUGAAACCAGAAGCCAUGAACACCCACUGCUUCUGUGGACUUCCUGAAGUAUACAAACUAGACAUACCUGUCAGAUCCAUUGUCUCCCUACAGGGCAUAUCUUCACACAAGUGCCUCCAACAGAGACUAAAACACCCAGUCGAUGGAUCACCCAAUUGCUUCCACUCAACCCAAGAAUUUCUUAAUACCCUCAAGAACAAAAAAAUCAGCGACGACGAAAUUGGGGUAUCUUUAGAUGUCACAGCAUUAUUCACAUCAAUUGACAUCCCACUAGCUGAAGAAACACUGGCCACAUUACUAGAGAAAGCAGGAAUGCAGAUCAGUAGCUCCAUGAUAACAUGCUCAAACUACAAGACUUGUGCCUCACCUUGUCUUUAAUGGAGGGUUACACCAUACUACACCGAAGAAUACAGAGAGAAUAGAUACCACAGAUAGAUCCUGACCAUCACAGCACAACUGUGGGAAGACAUCCAACCACUUCACACGUUGUUUAGCACAGAAGGUUGGGUAGUGAAACCAUCAUCUGGAAAUCAGUUUGAUCUGGGGAACUUUAACAUAUCAUCAGAUCUGAAACUGCUCAGUUGUGUGCAGCCUUUCUGAAGGUUUGGCCGUCGGUGAUCAGUCAGGGUGAGGCUGGGAAAAAGUGUAAGCAGCUUCAAGUGUGUUGACAGCUACAAUCAUUCUUUCAGCCUCAUGAACCACUGACUCAUUCAUAGAAGUGAGAGGCUGUUCAAGUGAGGGCUGUGUGAGAGGAAAGCUCACAAACUGGUGAGAUCUCUUCCACACAACAUAUAUCCAUUGUAAAUCUGUUUUCAUGGAAGAGAAAGUUUCAACUGAGAUGUGCAAUCAAACUUUGGCAAAGUCAUCGAUGCUGAUGAAUCAGCAACGCAUGCACACUCGGGAGAAGCCAUUCAAAGGCGAGAUAUUCAAACAGGGUUUUAGAGGGCGAUCAGACCUGGUGAAGUAUCAGCACUUUCGCACAGGGAAAAGGGCAUUCACAUGUGACAUGUGUGAAAAAUCUACUUCCUCAUCAUCAGAACUCCGCAUACACCAGCGUAUUCACACAGGGGAGAAACCAUUCACGUGUGAAAUGUGUAACAAAUCAUUCUCGUCAUCAUCAAACCUCCGCAAACACCAACGCAUUCACAAAGGAGAGAAACCAUUUCAGUGUGAGGUGUGUGACAAAUCAUUCACACACUCAGGAACUCUACGCAGACACCAACGUAUUCACACAGGAGAGAAGCUGUUUAAGUGCGAGGUGUGUUGCAAAUCAUUCUCCAAUUCAUCAAGACUCCUGCUGCAUCAUAGGAUUCACACAGGAGACAAGCCAUUCACAUGUGAAGUCUGUGAUAAAUCAUUCUCAGACUCAUCGAACCUCCGCAGGCAUCAAAGCAUCCACACUGGGGAGAAACCAUUUCGGUGUGAGGUGUGUGACAAAUCAUUUCCCAGUUCAUCAAGACUCCUGCUCCAUCAAAGCACUCAUACGGGAGAUAAACUGUUCACUUGUAAGGUGUGUUACAAAUCAUUCUCCCAGUCUUCAAGCCUACACACGCAUCAACGCAUCCACACAGGUGAGAAACCGUUCACAUGUGAUGUGUGUAUCAAAUCAUUCUCAAAUUCAUCAACUCUCCGCAGACACCAACGCACUCACACAGGGGAGAAACCAUUUACAUGUGAAGUGUGUGAUAAAUCGUUCUCAAGGUCCUGGAACCUCCUGCUCCAUCAGAAGAUCCACAUAGGAGAGUAACACUCAAGUAUGAGGUUUGUCAUUAACCUUUUGUGGUGUCUUCAACCACUGGGUAAUCCAUAGUAUUCACACAUGGGAGAAAAUCCUUCAAGUGCAAUUUUGUGACUGUCUUUAUACGUUGUGGUUCAACCAGACACUCAGAGGGGAGAAAGAACUCACUCCAAAAGGCUAUCAUAAAACAUUUACACAGUUGUUGGAUUGCUUGGAACUUUGGACCUUUUCAAACAUCAAUGAAUCCACAUGGUACACCAAAUGUUUCCAGUGUGAUGUGUGUCAGGAUUCUUCCGCAUCCUUCUCUCUCAUGAGAUACAAACUUCUCCAUACAGACUCUGGACCUGCUUCCACUGCACGGAGUUGUCUGUUUUGUUUAUCCUCCAGUGUUCACAGAGCGGAGCGGUCAUUCCAAAACUCUCCUGCCAUCAGUCCAAUCAUUUCAAGGUUAAUUUAACCUUUGAGCAAAUCACCAAACAUCACCAAAAGAAGGUUCUUGCAGAGGAUCACUUCAGUUGUAAUGUUUGCAAUAAGCUCACACUGCAGGGUGUUCAGUGGGACUGGGACACAGAACAAGAAGCAGCUUUCACUCCCAUCAAACACCUAGUGAUGACAUCACCAGUGCUGAGGGAUUAUGAUGUCAGCAAUGGAGCCACCCUGCAGUGUGAUGUCAGUGACACAGGACUUGGAGUAAUCCCCAUGCAGUGAGGGCAACCCGUUGGGUUUGUAUCCAGUUAACACAGACUGAACAACACUGUACACUGAUGGAGAAAGUGAGCUUGGUCAUUGUCUUUAGAUUUUAAGCAUUUUAACCAAUAUCUCUUUGCUGGAGAGAAUAUAAUGGUGGAGCCUGACCAUAAGCCUUUUCAAAGCAUCUUUGUUAAACCACAUCUAUCAGCUGUUCCUUCAGUUGUAGAUACAUCACUUAGAAAUGAACCAAGAGAAGCAGAUAAAAAUCACUAACAAGCAUUCAAGAGCUUCACUGCCUUUGAAGGAAGGUGAUGCUGGUACAGAAUGCUAAAUCUUUCAGAUUCAACAAGAAACAACAGAACAACAUACUCUGCCAGACAUCAAUGCAGAAGAGUCACUGAUGCAGAUCCUCUGGUCCCUGCAUCAUCAGACACUGAACAUCCAAAUGUAUAUUUUAAGUUGUGACACAAUGACUUCAUGUAAAUCGCCUGAAGGUUGCAACGUCUGACACUUACACGCUCUGAUAAAAAUGUCUGACUCUGAGUUAGAUGCAAAAAUUUGGGAGAAUUUUGUCAUAUUUAACUGAACAAUUACCCAGAAAAUGUUAGUUAGGAAACUACCUAGUUUAAAUCCUGGAUAACAACACAACUGAAUCCUCCAAUCAUCCACAAUGAUGUUCCAACUGCAUCCUUCAUCUCCCAAGUGUCCCCCACACACCAGGCAACCUCUCAAACCCUACCUGACUGCCUUCUCUAUCAACCUGACUAUCCCCCAUCUAUUCUCACCCAUCCUAGUCUCAGACUCAAUCAGAUUAACCCCUGAUUUUACAACUUCCUUACUGGCCAGUUGCGUUACCCAGUGAGUACUCUGCCAACUUAACAACACAUAACUCCCAUUCCUACUGAACUAUCAGUCCACCCACUCACCAUCUCAUCACCUGCUAUUUUACCUCACCAUCGCUGACUGCCCACCCGUCUACUCACCCUGUCAGCUGACUCAGAUGUUAUCAACAGACCUUGUGUUCAAGUACACAGUUCUUUGAAGUUGGUGUCACCUGUAAACGGGGUGGUUAAGGAGGCGUUUGGCACACAUUGUUAUGUUGAGGUUGUACAAAACAUUGGUGAGGCCUCGUCUGGAAUACUGUGUCCCGUUCUAGUCUCCCUAUUAUGGGAAGGAUAUUAAUAAGCUGGAGAAGGUUCAGAAGAGAUUUACCAGGAUGUUGCCAGGUUUGAGUUGUAAGGAAAGGCUGGAUAGUUUGGGUCUGUUUUCACUGCAGGGUAGGAAGUUGAGGGGUGACCUUUUUGAGGUUUAUAAAAUCAUAAAGGGUAUAGAUAAAGGAGGCAGUUAGUUCGGUGUCUUUUCCAUCGGGUGAGGGAUUUCCAGACUAGGAGGCAUAUUUUUAAGGUGAGAGGAGAAAGAUUUUAAAAAGACAUGAUGGGCAACUUUAGUUUGUACACAGAGUGGUUCAUGUGUGGAAUGAACAUCCACUGGAAAUGGUGGAUGCAGGUACAGUUACAACAUUUGUAUAAGUUCAUGAAAAGAAAUAUCUGGAGGGAUUUGAGCCAAGUCCAGGCUGGUGGGACUUGUUUAGUUUGGGAUUACGGUCAGAUGAACUGGUUGGAUGAAAGGGUCUGUUUUCGUACCGUAUGACUCUAUGACUCAUUUAGCAACCCACCCCCGCCACCCACUCACUAAUAUUCACACUGGACAUUUACCUCACAGCAUCUCGUGCAGUUAAAGUGGGUAUGGUUUCUUUACUGAACGCUGUCACUACUCUGUGUGGAUUCCUUCAUUGGUUCUCCUCACUGCGCUCUUGCACGGAUGCUCUUCACUGUUAUAUGGAUAAAUACCUGCACAAGGGAGAUCUGCUGGUUGCUACACUGGAACACACUUUGAGGGAAGGUAUUCUUUGAUUCUUGGGGGCUACUGCUUAAUUCUCACUUGCUGUUUUAUGAUUUGUUGCAGUUAUAUGUUAACAUUUUGUUCUGUAUUCAUGUUGAAGUAGCGGUUCCUUGAAGUCAAACUGGAGGAGAAUUAGAAUAAUUUAUCAAUAUCCUCAACAUUAUUAAUCCUAUUAAACCUGAAGAUGCAACAUUCCUGGAAGCUAUCAAUUUUCUAGAUACUGUAGUACUUAAAUUGGCAUAGGACAACAUGUACAAGUUAACAACAAGUUUUUUCUCUGACUGUCAUAUACUUGGACAGACAAAAAGCCAUUUAACAUUAGCACACCUUCCAGAGACUAGUGAGGCUACAACUAAUGUGUUUUAAUUGGAAAUGUAGAAAACUGGAACAUUUUAACUGUCAGUUACUAUUCUUUUCAUUACAUCACAAAUCUCAAUCUCAGAUUUAAAUGCAUUAAUUGCCACAGUAUUCAUUUAAAUCAUCUACUACUUUUCCCCGUAGCGCCUGAACAUACGCAGUUGUAAGCUAGAGAUUCCACAUUUGUUUUUACAUCUUUGUCAUUAACUCAGUGAUUUCAAGAUUUCCUAGUUCACGGUCAGCUUUGUUUCUUCACUGACAGAUUUGAAACUAUUCUCUUUUCUUUGCUGCUUCUACCUCUGCCUUGCCUGUCUGCCUGUCUCUCUCUCUCCCUCAGAAGGGGAAAUAAAAGCUGGCUCAUGAGUGAUUGAAUAACAAAUAAAAGAAGUCUCUCCAUCUCUGCCCACUAUCCCCACACUGUUCUCAUCUCCCAUUCUCACCUAGCCCCAUUGUGGCCUCCCUCUAGUGCCAGCAAACCCCAGGCUCUGGCAGGCAGAUGUCUGUCUUGAGAAAAGUCAAAUUCUCAUUUUUCCCUUUCACUACUGGCAAAACAGCAAUUCUAAUUCUAAUUUCCUAUCUUCAUCCACAUCUUCCAGCCUUGACUUUCUCCCCUGCUCUACUACCCCUUCUCUCGAACCUGCAGCCACAUCUCCAGUUCCUGAUCUGGGCAUCUCCACUCCCAUGGUCCCCCUGGCUUCAUGCCAUUACCAUUACCCCUUUAUACCUCCUGCUGAAACCCCCCCACACCCUCAACCACUUCCCCCUUCUCCUCCUGGUCCUCUGUUCUCUCAUUCUCUGUCACUGUCGAAACCAGCCCCUUGGCUCGCAUCACUCCCAGGCUGCCUGCUUUUCUAGUUCCCACUCCCAAGUUCAUGACUCCCUAUUCUCUGGCUCCCUGCAGCUCUUGUAGCUCCCAGCUACAAAGGCUCACAAGUGAAAGCGGCCAAUGAGAAGUAUUGUGAACAAGGCAUCUAACAAGUCUGAACCAAUUAAAGAGCAAAUUCUACUUCAAAGACAUUUUUUGAUAAAAUUUUUGAACAAGUUAAUUUAUAAUCUGUAAUGAUUAUAGACUGUAAUGCACUGAAUCUCCUUCAGUGACAGUUUAAUGUCUUGUGACGUGCCGUGCAAUGAAUACUUUGCAUUAUUUCAAACUAUUGCUGCCCAAAGAAGCUGUAGGAUCUCACAUUCCCCACCAAACCCCCAUCUCAAAAGUGUUCUCUGUAACAAUUAUUGGCUGGAUGAAUGCAUUGAUGAGGUAAAGAACGGGUUGGCAGACAGGACGGAGAAAGUAGGAAUAAACGUGUUCUUUUUAGAAUGGCAGGCAGUGACGACUGGGGUACUGCAGGGUUCAGUGCUGGGACGCCAGCUGUUCACAAUACAUAUUAACGAUUUGGACAAAGGAAUUGACACUAAGCUGAGUGGCAGUAUGUGCCGUGAGGAGAUGCUAAGAGGCUGCUGGAUGACUUGAACAGGUUGAAAAAUACCAAUAUCGUGGAUAAAUGUGAGGUUAUCCACUCUGGUCACAAAAACAGGAAGGCAGAUUAUUAUCUGAAUGGUGGCAGUUUAGGAAAAGGUGAAGUGCAAUGAGACCCGGGUGUGUGGUGGAACAGUCGCUGAAGGUUGACAGGUGCAGUUUGCAGUGAGGAAAGCUAAUGGCAUGCUGGCAUUCAUAGUGAGAGGAUUUGAGUACAGGAUCAGGGGUGGAUUGCUGCAAUUAUUCUGGGCGUUGGUGCAACCACGCCUUGAAUAUUGUGUGCAGUUUUGGUCUCCUAGACUGAGGAAGGACAUUCUUGCUGUUGAGGGAGUCCAGCGAAAGUUCAUCAGACUGAUUCCCGGAAUGAAAGACUGGAUUGACUAGGCUUGUACUCAUAGGAAUUUAGAAGAAUGAGUGGAGUUCUCAAAGAAACAUACAAAAUCCUGAUGGGGCUGGACAGGCUAGAUUUGGGAAGAAUGAUAUCCAGAAUUGGGGUUUUGUCUGAGAAUAAAGGGAUAGGCAAUUCAGGACUGAGAUGAGAAAGAAUUUCUUCACUCAGAGUUGUGAAUCUGUGGAAUUGUUGACCAUAGAAAGCUGUUGGAGCCAGUUCGUUAGCUACAUUCACGAAGCAGCUGGAUAUGUCCCUUAUGGCCAAAGGGUUCACAGGGUAUGAAGAGAAAACAGGAAUGGGAUACUGAAAUUGCAGGGUCAGCCCUGAUCAUAUUAAAUGGUCGUGUCAUUCAAAUAGCCUGCAUCUGCACCUAUUUUUUAUGUUUCUACCAUUUAUUUGCCAAGCCUAGUUACAACUGGAGAGGUUGGUGGUGAGCUGCCGUUACUCUGCUAUUAGUAAAUACUUCAGAGUUGAUUAACAACAGACUCAUCAUUUAAGCAAAUUCAAAUGUUACGAGGCUCUGUGCAAUUCACCCAAACAGAAAAUUUCUUAUAACUACUGUUAAAAUGUUUUACAUUGAGACAGUAAUAUCUCUAAUUGAAGAAUAAAUAUCAAUGUUUAGAGACAAACAAAAAACUGCAAAUGCUGGAAUCCAAGGCAGACAAACAGGAACAAAACCAAAGUUGCUGGAAAAGUUCAGCAGGUCUGGCAGCAUCUGUGAAGGGAAAAAAAACAAUCUGAUCACCAUUGAGGGCUUACCAUGGGAAGUUCUACUGCAAAUCUUUUCCUACUUGGAUAUAUCAUCUUUGCUGUGUACAGGCUGUGUCAGCAAGUCCUUCUACCAGAUAGCUAAUGACAAUUUAAUUUGGCACAGAAUCUACUGCAGGUAUUUCACAUAUAAGCGAAAGGCCUGGAAGCCCAAGGGUGUAGACAUAGCUACUGAGAAACUAAGCAAAAUUUCAAUACAGGACUAUCCCACAGGAUUCUGGAAAAAAGAGUAUAUAUGCAAAUAUGCAGGCCUGGGCACAAGAGGAGUGGGGCAGUUAUUGAAACCCAUCAAUCGUUAUACAGGAUUGCCAUCAAAGUACCAAGAAGCUGUGAAGUAAGAACUUUCUUUUCAAUUUUUUGAGGAGACUUGGAAGUACAUGUAAAGGGGCAAUGAAUUUAGUAAUAUUUGAUCUUGAAAACAUGGAGUUUACCAAUUAUCAUUCUGAUAUGGUAUUUAUUUGCAGAUUUCUUUGAAUAAAAAAUAAUUUUAUGAAUGGGAUGUGAAUUAAUUCUGUAUUGAUCCCUUGAGUGCUACAAACAUUAAAGACAUGUCUUUUAAUAUGUGAA